GCCGGGGGGGAGGGAGGCGCGCGUACGCGGAUCGCGAGGAAGCGUGACCGGCGUCCGUACCGCCGGACGGUAAACAUUGGAUUCACCGCGACGUACGAUUUGCCGCUGCGCUAGGGGGGGCAAUGCACCAUGGGAACAAUUUGCGACAGGCGCAUGCGCAAAUCAGUUUACAGUUGGAGCCUGAAAGAAAAUGGCGUCAGCUAAGUUUCUGGAGGAAGCUCUUAGCACUGAUGUCGACGAAUCUGCAGUGAACGCGAUAGUGGGCUCCCUCGAGACGCAGCUGGUGACGUCGACGCCGACCGUGGCCGGGCAUCAGGCGGGUUCCGCGUCGGUCAGCCAGCAGAAUCAUCAGGUGAACAGCGCUAUUUCCAACGGGGGCACAAUCACGACGGUGCAGCCACAGAAGCAUGGGGUUUCGAACGGCGGCGGUGCCACCACGGUGAACAGCCUGAUGACUCAGGAAGUCGCCAAGUCCAUCACCACCAGCACUCUGCUGCCGGUGAACGUGGUUACUUCGAACGCAGUGGCGCCACAGGUCAUCACCACACAGCAGCAGCAACAGCAGCAGCAGCCACAGCAGCAGCAGCAACCGCAGCAGCAACAGCAGCAGCAGCACACACAAGCAGCGGGGAUAUCCGCAUUCAUCAAUCAAGUAACCUCGAAUCAGGUGUCGAGCAAUCAGACCGCGCAUAUACCGAGUCUGACGAAGUCGCACGAGCCAGUGAAGAUCAUCUACCCCGCCACCGUUGGCCAAGUGAUCGCCACCACGGGGGUCGCGAAUGCGAACAACAAGCUUACUUUUCCCGCCCAAACUGUUGGUCAGUUAGCGAACGGUACUCUGGGUAUCACCUCACCGGCAGUGUUGCAGACCACGUCGAAUGCCGUGACCAACGUGGGCUCCGUCAGUCAGACGGGCAGCCAAACAGUGACCGGUGUGAACAAGCCGACAGGUACGGCUCUAGUGAUCAAGACCAGUGUCGCACCGGCCGGCAUGGUGUCCGUUCCUAUGACCGUACCAGUUUCUGGCAAUGCGGUGAGCACAGCACUGCAGGCCAAGGCUGGAGUCACCUCCACGAUAGUGCCCAGCAAUGUUCAAAUUCUCAAUGUAAAUACCAUGCGGCCUGCCACGCCGGUGACAGGCCAGCAAGCCAAUAAGCAAGUCACUUCUAGAGUGGUGAUAGGCCAGCCUAUGGUCGGGACGAGAUCAGGAGCUCCAGGGAUAACGUUACAGGCUCUUCACGGCCUCCAACCUGGAACUCAGGGUCAUCUGUUGUUGAAAACAGAGAACGGACAGUUUCAGUUAUUAAGGGUGGGACCAGCACCGACCGCCGGUACUCCCACUGGUACUGCGGUUACACCCAAUAGUAUAGCUGGAAAUGCAGUAGUUGCUGCUCCGUCUCCAGGCACUACCUAUCGCCUAGCUUCAGUGCCGGCUGUAAGUAGGCUGAAUACUCAGUACACUGGCCCACCACUCGCCACCCUAAGAAAAUCUGUUCAGACUGUUGCUGCUACUAUCACUACAUCUACUACAACCCCAGCAACAGUAACCACAGCAGCUACAACCACUUCUGCACAAGCGGUUACCACUGUUCAAACGGUUCAAACCUCUACACCACGUCAGAAUUCUGAAAAUACCAAAGAAAAGUGCCGUAAAUUCUUAGCGAACCUAUUAGAGUUGUCUAGUCGAGAGCCUAAAGCAGUGGAACGCAAUGUCCGAACUUUGAUACAAGAGUUGAUCGACACUAAAGUCGAGCCGGAAGAGUUCUGCGACAGGCUCGAGAAAUUGUUGAACGCUUCGCCGCAGCCAUGUCUCAUUGGAUUCUUGAAGAAGAGUCUGCCGCUUCUGCGGCAGUCUCUUGUUACGAAAGAAUUGGUGAUAGAAGGAAUCAAGCCUCCGCCGGCCAAUGUCGUCUUUUCCAUAGCUUCAGCUGUUCCAACUAUCACGCAGCAAAAUCAAUUCAGACCAGCGGUGGCAGUUGCGGCUACGGUUCCUGUAGCAGCGACCGCGACGGCAACGACUCAAGUGAGAGUGAUGACACCGCUUCCAACGGCAGCGACGGCGGUGGCGGUAGCAGCAGCACCUGCACCAGUAUCAACACCAACGCUAGCACCGGUGACGGUAGCGGCGACAGCAGCGACAGUAGUUACAACAACCGUUCCGCGACCUGCUCAACCUGUUCAACAAAGGCUGGUUCGACCAGUGACGACAGUGGUUCGCAGCCCUACCGCGUACGCCGUGAAAUCGACGGUAGCGCUUACCGGAAUUCGCCCGACCACCCCGGUUGUGCAAAAGCCACCUAUUACGACCACAGUUGUGAAAACGAUCGCAACCACCACGCAAGGCAAGACAGUCAAUACAACCACCACUGUUAAUAAAGCCGUAGUGCCUUCUCUCGUUCAAAAACCCGCCGCAAAGGAGAAAGAGAAAAAGUCGUUUUCAUCAGCAGGAUAUACGGCGGACGACGACAUAAACGAUGUAGCGGCUAUGGGUGGUGUUAAUCUUGCGGAAGAAUCUCAAAGAAUACUCGGUUCUACAGAAUUUGUCGGUACCCAGAUACGAUCCUGUAAAGAUGAAGUAUUUUUGCACAUUACGCCGUUGCAGCAGAGAAUUAAACAAAUCGCCUCCACUUACGGACUGGAGGAACCCAGCCAAGAAGUGGCAGCGUUAAUCUCGCACGCUGCGCAAGAGAGGUUAAAGAAUUUAGUAGAAAAAUUAGCGCUAAUUGCGGAACAUAGGGUAGAUUUUAUUAAGGUUGAUCCCAGAUACGAGGUGACGCAGGACGUGAGAGCGCAACUGAAAUUUCUGGAGGAUCUUGAUAGGGUCGAACGUAGGAGACACGAAGAGCAAGAACGGGAGUUGCUCUUACGUGCCGCGAAGAGUCGCGCAAAAACGGAAGAUCCCGAACAGGCCAAAUUGAAGGCGAAAGCCAAAGAGAUGCAACGCGCGGAGAUGGAAGAGCUGAGGCAGAGGGAAGCGAAUCUAACAGCCUUACAAGCAAUCGGUCCUCGCAAGAAGCCUAGACUCGACAUAGCGGGCACGACCAAUAGUUCGGGAAGCACCGGUGGUGCGAACACAUCGCACAGCGGGCCGAACAGGCAGAUGCCGAUGAGACCGCGUUUCAAGAGAGUGAACAUUAGGGAUUUGCUGUUCCUGCUCGAGCAGGAGAAAGAAACGUGUAAAAGCACGACGCUAUAUAAAUCAUACUUGAAGUGAUGCCCUGUGAAGGGCAGGAACUUCAGUGACCCGCCCGAUAUCUGGCGUCCUUCCUGUAUGGUUUCGUGCGAGAAGCUGGUGGGACUCGGCGGAACUCACCGUGCGACGUUAUCGUCUUACGUUGUAGUAGUGUACAGUGUUUUAUAAGUCCGGGAGAUCGCGAUGAGGAUCUCCCAGU